AUGAAUUCCACAUAAUUUAAGAAAUUUAUUCAUUCCAAAGGGCCCUCAGUCUCGCCGCUCCAAUUUUUCAAAUCCAGACUGCUUCUCUUACUCUAGGGUUUUUUCUGCGUUUUGGGAAUUAAAAUUAGCCAGCAAUGGAGCCUGUAGGUUUUGUAGUAGAUAAAAUCAAAGGGAUUGCAAAAUCAGGACAAGAUUUCAUGGACGGUCUUUUCCACCGCCGCAGCAAUUCUUCGAGCCGGAAUCCGAUUGAGAUCUUGAAGCGGUUGCAACGAGAAGCUUUUUCGGAUAUUAUGAAACUCAGGGACAGGCAAGAUAAGGUCGAGCGAGUCCUUACCUUUUCUAAAACAUCCAAGGGGAGUUUCUCCCAAGAAGCCGGUACUCGUGUGAGGGGAGAUGUUGAUGUUCUCGGAGCAAUAAUAUUGCUGGGUGAUGUUGAUCAGCAGCAGCAUUUGGAUGCUCUUGGUAGAGCAGGAAUUAGAACCGGAGUUGAUUCCAGGUUCAUUUUUGAAACAACUAUGCGGGAGAAGGAUACUCUUCUUGCUGAAUUUGUGGCUAGUCAAAACGGCACACAUGAUGUUUCAGGAAGUGUACUUUCUCUGUCAAAAGUCUUAUAUAUGGCAAAUAUUUGUGAUUGGUUUUCCGCUACUGCAAUUCCAGUAGGAGCACAGUGCAGGGAUCUCAGAAUUGCUACAAGCUCUUCUAACCAGAGAAAAGGCCUGACUGAUCUUUCAUUCAUUGGACCACCCCUUUUACAUCAACAUACUGGUAGUGCAAUUGGCCUGACAGUUAAAAAAUCAAAUGUCAUGGCUUCAAUGGCUCAGUCGAUUUCUAGAUUCGAAGUGCAUUCAUGCUUAAGCACUUUCGGCCAAAUUAUCUGUCAAUUACCAAGAGGAGUAAAACUAUCACUUUUAUGUCUCAAUCAAGUGCCAAAAUCAUCUAGUCACCGCAUAAAUCUUGGAUCCCUCUGUGUUCCUUUAGUCUGUAUGAAAGGUAACAAAGCUUCUGCAACAAUGGUUGAACCAACAGCUCCACAGAUGGAAACAAGCAGCUUGCGAAGUGUCUCAACUGGGUCUGUUGCAUUGAAGCUGGAGUCAGAACUGGAUGAAAACACUAAAAUUGAGGGUUGGGUCGAAUUGAAAAAUUCAAAUAUCAAACAGUUGCAAUGGGGUUUCAACAUGUUUGAUGAUUCUGCAGAUGAAUCUGGGUGGGGUGUUUCUGUGAGUGGGACAGUUGAAAAUUCUAGUAACUGGACCCAUUUACAGGCUGAAUCAUACCUAAAACUGAACUUGGGGGAAAAACUCAGCUUGAAACCAGGCAUUGUAUAUGCAGUGGAUGGUAAUUCCAAGAUUGUUGGCCUUAUGCUCCGGUCAAAUUGGUCCUUUUGAUUGAUGUUCACUUACAAUCUCAGUUUUUCAUUUGUUAUGUGGAAGUUUAACAAUAUGGUUCACUUAAAAUGGCUGUAUUUUACUGUUUGUGAUACAUAUCUGUUAGCCAGUGUUCCAUAUCCAAAAAAAAAUUAAUCAACAAGAAUAUUUCAACUUGGUGAAUCA